GCUGCCGCCACCGCCGCCGCUGCCGGGGAGGGAAUUUUUUCCCUUUUCAAAAUGGCGCCCAAUGCCCGUCGCCCCGCCGGAUGACGUCAUCCCCCUCCGCCUCCUCCGACGGUCAGUGCCGCGGGGGCUGCCGGGGGCGCACCGUGUGCCGACUGCGUCUGCGCGAGCUGUCUUGAGGUUGAACCUACGGAGCCGCUGCGGUCCAGGGAAAGAGUGUCUUGGAAGAGUCCGCUAGCAGAUACAGGCGGCCUUCUCGAGUCGUGUAAGGGCUAGGACGCGACGCCCUCUGCGUCCUUAAGGCCUCAGACUUUCUUCUGCGGCCGGCUGGACUGGAUGCUCGAAGGCCUGGACCCUUCCUACAGCUGAGCCAACGGGAACGCGGAACCUCCGUGGAUCUGCCAAUAGAGAGCGCUUGGCCGUGGGCAGGCGGGGCCUCUGAACCCCGGAGCACCUGGAACCCAGCACCUGCGACAAUUUUUCCUUUAUGAAGCAGAUUUAAACAAUCAACUUGCUCAGGCCGGUUCUCCAUUGCCUCUCUCAUCGGACUCAUCACCGCUAUAUGCUGCACCUUAGGCUUAGAUCCUGCUGGAAAAAUACCACAUGAAUUUUCGUUGGCAGAUGUGCUACCUGAACACUGAACAGUUCCUACCAGAACCUCUGCUGUGAGCAAUCUGAAAGCUGGCCAGUCUCUUCCAGGCUGGCCAGGCUCCAGCCCUCAGAGUAACUCAAGUGUUCCACCUGCUGUAGUAUCUGGACUCCCACUAAGUGCAGCACUGUGCCUUUGGACCAGCACCAACAAGAAUGUAUCCCUUCAUCCCUCCAGCUAGGCUACUACCAGGAUCUCCAGCAUCCUUUCUUCCUUCUGGACCAUCGUGUCCCCAACCUAGUGGUCCUUAUCCAGGCCCUGCUGUUCGAGUCCCUGGCCCCACAAGGCCAUAUGUUACAACAAAUGUGUCCUUUUCAGAGUUACCUAGGCCAAAUAGUGCACCCACAGAUUCAGCAGGUCCUUUAGGUACACAAGGAUCCAUGUCUUCUGGACCUUGGGCACCAGGAAUGGGAGGGCAGCAUCCUAAUGUGCCAUAUCUAUUUCCAGGGCCAUCUCCCACUCCUCCUCUUCCAGUGUCAGGAGCACCACCUGUUGCAUGGGUCACAGUGCCACCGGGAACCUGGGAACCACCAGCACCUUAUCCUACUCCUGAAGCAUCAUAUCCUACCCCAGGACUCCAAUCUUCUCCGAAUAAUCCUUACCAACUGCCUCCAGGACCUUCUGGUGCUUCACCAAUGCCUGGUAGCCUCCAUAAAAUGAAUGAAAUCCCAGGUGGCUCCCCUUCUGAUUCAUCCAACCCAGAGAGCACCUUGGAGAUCAGUGGACAAAAGAAGCACCUGAGGGUAGACAAUAAAUCCAUCAAGAGGAGACGGUCCAAGAAAAAGAGCAAGCGAGUAACCUGGGGAGACAUCAAGACUUUAACUCAUAAAGCUGAAACCUUGGGGAAACAACAAGGACACAAUACUACUGACCCCAAAAUGAUGCUGUUAUGUUUAAUGACUAUGUUACAUGUUAAUUCUCAGCAUGAAAGUGAAGGGUCCAAAUGACUUUUGUCAAGGGGGAUAAAAGGCACACCUGUAAUAAGCAGUUUAGUGUUGUUUUGCUAAAACAAACAAACAAACAAAAAACCCACAACCAGU